GACUCAGCCUCACUUCAAAGGCCUGGGUCGGGCCCAGCUAUUUAAUCCUGGGCCGCGGCCGUCACUGGGGAAUUCUGUUCUCGGGCGCCGCAGACCUGCUCCUCGCCCGGCAGGUGCCGCCUCCCGCCCGGCCGCCAUGGCCGUGCAGGUGCCCCUGUGGCACCACUACCUGCGGGCCAUCCGCUCGCGCGCGGCGCCGCGGGCGCAGGACUUCCAGCGCGCGGAGGACGUGCUGCUCACGGUGCUGGAGCGCGUGCACGCGCUGGACCCGCACUUCCUCGUGGACUACUCCCGCGACCUGGAGGCCUUCCAGUUUGCCCUGCGCACCUCGGAGGACCCCCUGCCCCUGGAGGUGCCCCUGCGGGUGGACGCGGACGCGCUCCUGAUGGAGGAGGUGGGGGCCGCCGAGGCCGGGGACCGCCCGGCGCCCUGCCUCCUGGGCGUCUCAGGGGAAGGGGCCCCCCUGGAACGGUGGACGGCCGACGACGUCUUCAGCGUCUCCUCGGAGGGUGGCGCCGCGUGCCGAGGCUACAUUGCGCCCAGCAAGGUCCUGCGUGUCCUCCGGGACCUUCUGGUGGCGGCCAUCGUGCACUGCCGACACCAGAACCUCAUCAUGCCAGGUUCUCUGAACGUGGAGAGCCUGGAGGAGGAGGAGAGCCACCUGUCCCUGCUGGUGUCCAGUGGCUGGAGAACCAUCCGCUUCAACGUCGUGCCCGUGGUGCGGAGAAAGCUCGGGGCGCCCGCCCUGGAGACGGCCCUGCUGGCGCAUGGGUUCCCUGAGGGCAGCUUGAAAAGGAUCUUAAGCCAAGAAGUGGCCCUGGUGCCGGCCGGUGCCCAGCACUGGAGGGUCUCCACCGACUACCUGCUCACCAGGCUGCUUGGGGCACUGGGCUCCCUCCAGGGCCACCGCCUGGACAGCCUCUCCAUCCUGGACCGGGUCAACCACGAGAGCUGGCGUGACGGCGGCCAGAGCCCCGGCCUGACCUUCAGCCACCUGAAGACGGUGCUUCUGUGGGCAUGCGCACUCUUCCCGGCGCCGGAGGACUGGGCGGAGCUGCAGGGCGCCGUGUACCGGCUGCUGGUGGUGCUGCUCUGCUGCCUGGCCACCAGGCACCUGCCGCACUUCCUCUUCCCCAAGUGGAACCUGCUGAAGGACACCGGCCUGGACCUCAACGCCCUGUACCAGCGCGUGGAGCGCUUUGCCAGCCAGCCCGAGGCCUCCCUGCGCAUCCACGCCACCCACCUGGGCCGCAGCCCCCCGCCGCGCAUCGACAGCGGGGUCAAGGCGCUCCUGCAGCUGCCUGCCAGCGACCCCGCGUACUGGGCCACCGCCUACUUUGACGUCCUGCUGGAUAAGUUCCAGGUCUUCAACAUCCAGGAUAAGGACCGGGUCUCGGCCAUGCAGAGCAUCUUCUGGAAGACCAAGACUCUGGACGGCGAGGAGUGCUGAGCUGCCUUCCCUCUCCUUGGUCUUUACCACCCACAGCCUGGCUGCCCCGCCCCAUGGAGGGCCCAGGACAUUUGCGGAGGAGUAUGGACUUCACCUUAAGGCAGGUGGUAGGCAGUAGAGAUGUCCACCUCAGACUGUCGGGGGAUGGCCUCACGGGCCCCUGAGGUGCUGGGCAGCAGGCCCCCGGGAGCAGCUGCCGAGGGCCUGGGACUAAGGUGCCUUGGAUUUCACAAGAAUCAUGUUGGUCCAUUCUGUGUGACGUCAUCAGACUCGCAGAGCCAAGCAUCUGCAUGAGACUUGGAGCUCAAGGGCUUGUCCCCACCGAGUCAUGUGCUACUCUGUGGUGAUGAAAUACUGUGUAUCUUCUCUUGAAUAAAUUAGCACACUGGAUAUACACGGUGAA